GCAAAAUUGGAAACAGGUUUUCUGGCACUCUGAUCAGAUGAACGGGCGCAAACACAGCGUGUGAGCUUCAGACGGAAAGGGUAAAAUCAGAUGUGGGCCAUCAAAGGCUAAGCCCCGUGAAGGGGUAAUAAUAGCCUCAUUGUAUCCUGCGUGCUUCCGUACUCUUAGCAUGGAGCUUGCAGGAAGGCAGAGAAUUAAACCUCAAUUCCUAGCAGGGUUUUGCUUUGUCUUGUUUCUGUAGCCACCAGGCUCCCUCCUCUUUCCACGGUCAAGACUUCAUCCUCCGUCUGCUAAAAGAGCGCGCUGCUUUAGCUAGUGCAAAAAAAGAGAAGAAAGCUAGUCUCCAGAUCACAGCAUGAUAAAGGACAAAGAAGCCUUUCAGAGACUGAAUUUCCUCUACCAGGCAGCACAUUGUGUGCUUGCACAAAACCCAAAUAACCAGGAGUUGGCUCGUUUCUAUUGUCACACCCAGAACAGCAUCAGCCGGCGGCUCGUCUUGAGACAGGACCCCUCUGUGAAAAGGACCAUCUGCAAAUCUUGCUUCUCUCUUCUUGUCCCUGGAGUCAGCUCAACCGUUCGCCAAAGAAAGUGCCGUCAUCAGCGGUGGACUGUUGUGCGGUGCUUGAACUGUGGCCUUACAAAGCGUUUCCUCAGCAAGCCUGACUAUAAGCUGUGGUCGGAGCAGCCUGAGUCCUUGCUGGAGAAUCAGACGUCAACUGGUGCAGGCACAGCAGGCCAGACACCCAACCCAACACAAAAGCCACGCAAGGCCUCCCAGAUGGGAAAGGCAACGGUCCCAAGUUCCAGUCCAUGCGGCCUUCUUGCCUCUGAGGAGAGCACGGUGGGCACCGAGCCAAUAGGAGAAAAGAGCAGGAAGUGACCUGUCCCUUGGGAACAUUCCAUUUCCAGGAAGGCAAGUGGCUAUAGCACAGUGGUGAAUCACCUGCCUUGGGUGGAAGAAGCCCACAAGAAAAAGUUCCGUGCGGAUGUGGACAUGGAGUAUAUUUUCCAAAACCAAAGUCCAACUCGCUCCUUGCAGAACUUCGAUGACUUGGUGACCUUAGUUUUAGGAUAAAUAAACACACACUGUAUAUGACAACUAGGCAGAAGGGAGAGCAAAUGCCUUUCCUGCAGCCCACCCCAUGCUCUAGUCAUGGAAGUUCCUUCAGUUUAGCUUCAUUGUGUCACCUUACUUUUGCCACCACUGGCUAAGAAUGUGUCCCCCAUUCCACCUCUGUCCCCAGAUGGAUGCCUCUUUCCCAAUUCUGCCAGUUGUGAUUUCAGUGUCUGGCUCUAUGUAGCUGGGUACACCUCAGAUCUGAAGCCCUGCAGGUGUUGCUAUCAGAAGAACUUAGUGAAAAGGUGACAAAGAGAAGAGAGUUUCAGUCCCGGAUCACUUUUGUGUACCAGAUAAAUACAUGAAACUGGAAAUAAAGUUCUGUUUUUAAA